AUGAGCGAACCAACUCAGACACCUCCUACUUCUACCGAAGGCGCUGCCCCUCGCAGACGAAGCUCCGGCUGGAUGCCUGCCUUCGAAUCGCUGCAGCAGCAAAAGAAUAAUCAGGAUGCCGUGCGUCGUCAGAGCAUGUCUGACCAGCAGGCCAAGGGGGGCAUUUUCAGCCAGUUCUUCCACAAUAACUUUGGCCGAAACACCAAGUGA